UCCUCCUCCUCUGCCCUCCUAAUGCCAUGGAAACUCAUUGAUCUUUUCGAUCGGCAAAGUCCUGGUAUCCGCUCCGAUCCACCUGGACUCCUUUCGGCGGCCGGGAGGAAUCUGAUGUUCGUGUGCAGGCGUCAUGAAGAAAACCGGUCCUGCGUUAUGGGAAGCCAUAACCAACUCCGGUGCCAGAGAGCAGAACUCAGUUAUGGGAGAGCUUCAGUGUGUCCUGAAUGGAGGAGAGUACACCCCCUUCACAUCCACUCCCAUGUUAGAAAGUAAUUUUAUUCAGGUCAGUAAGAAAGGAGAAUCUGUUUAUCUCCAUAACCGUGCCAACUGGGUGACGGUGGGCAUCUGUGCUUCCAGCCCCACCCUGCCCCUGCCCAAUGUGAUGCUCCUGGCACACCUGACGCCCAUCCCCCCCAAGGAGGCACAGUCAAAGCUUCGGAGUUUCUCUAGGCCCACCUCUCAAUAUAAGCUGGUGCUCACUAGGUUCAUCCCCCUCCAGUUUGCGAACAUUUCAGUGUAUGACGCUAGGAAGUUAUGCCUCAAAAUCAAGCUAGUGAGCGGGCGUUCCUACUACCUCCAGCUCUGUGCGCCGUCAUCUAAGCAGGAUGUCAUCUUCCGCCAGUGGGUCCAACUCACCUAUCUCCUGCAACCCCCUACAAAAUACCGUGGAGACACAGAAGGCACUGACCUCGCGAAGACGAGCAGAGAUGGAGAGGAAGAAAGCCAAGCAGAGAAUGAAAACAACGGGCACCAGGAAGAGCCGAGAAGGCAACGUGACACCAGAAAGCCUUCUGUUACGGUGGUACCUGUAGAAGAGUGUUACGAUUAUAUAGAAAUCAGCGCUGAAGCUUUCAGGACUCCGGAACCGGGAGCGACCGGGAAAGAACUGAUAGAGAGUAAUCAGGACCGUGAGAAAAAAAGCCAUGUAACCACAGAGACGGAAGUAGAAGCUAAAGGAGAGGCAGAAGAAGAGAUUACAAGAAAGGGAUCGAGGAGCUCCAGAAGUGAUUCGGGCACUUCAGAAAGGCUGAAGACUGCCCGUCUACUGUAAAUGACAUUUCAGCAUCGUCGCUCAGCAAGACGGAAUGAAAAGGAGAAAUCGACCGGUAGAGUUGGGACGAAGGGAAGAGAGCUACCAGGAUAGAAGAGGGAGGGUGACACCACCCGAGAAAAUCUCUGGAGAAAUCAGGGUUAAAAACUGCCUCCAGUUAAUUGGC